CCCGUCUGUUUUAACGGAAUCCCCUGCAUUCUAGGGCUGGAGGCUCCGUGACUUGAUCCUGGGCGUUGGCUCCUCCAUCCGACGGACGUGAGCUCCCAGACCCCGUGAGCCUUGUCUCGCUAGGAAUAUCAUCCGUCUAUCGUCCCGGUUUGUGGUUUUGUGGCGUGGCUAUGGCGACUUGCAGCGCGGGAGCUCUCGUCAUCCGGUGCCCAGUGUCGGCGUCCCUAUGCAAGGGAUCGCCGGCGAGCUGCAAAGCCAAGGUUGGUGCUAGCCCCCAGGAAUGGCUGGUGAAGAGAUUGAGCAGAGCUUUCGACGGUGCUAGCUUGCGGAAUGCGGCAUUCGGGGCUCUCAACUUGGCCACGCUCAGCUUGCCCGCGGCGCUUGCCUUGGCCGCCGAGGAAAAGAAGGAGCCCGGCAAACUCUUCGACUUCGACGCCACGCUGCCCAUCAUCGUCGCCGAGUUCCUGUUCCUCAUGGUGGCUCUGGACAAGAUCUGGUUCACCCCCGUCGGCAAAAUCAUGGACGAGCGGGACGAGAUGAUCCGCAACAAGCUGGAGAGCGUCAAGGACAACUCGGAGGAGAUUAAGAAGCUCCAAGACGAAGCCGAGGCGUUGAUUCAGGCGGCCAGAGCCGAGACCACCGCCGCACUGAACAAGAUGAAGAAGGAGACCGCCGCGGAGCUGGAGGCCAAACUGCAAAAAUCAAGGGAGCGAAUCGAGCAGGAGCUGGCUCAAGCUCUCGCCAACUUGGAAGAGCAAAAGCAGGAGACGCUCAAGAGCCUGGAGACGCAAGUGCAGGAGCUCAGCGACAAGAUCGUGGAGAAGGUCCUUCCGGUCAAGGCCAAAUAGUGCUCUCCGCUUUCACUGCCUCUGUGGCGCUGCACAUAUCUCCCAUAGCUCCAAGUCUGUACCGCGAUCGUAUUCCAUAAUGUAUUUUGGGACCGUGAAAUCAUCCAAACGUUUGCC